AUGGCGAAGGAUCAGUUGCACGUUUUAAGGCACGAAGCUUCAUUCAGCGUGAUUGACGCCAAACCUGUUAACAUGAUUGCAGCAGUGGAGUCAAUCCUUAGUCAGACGGAGGCAACGGAGGAGACUAAGAGCCUCAUCUGUCACCAAGUGUCGUCUCUAAUGGCCCACAGGCCGCAGGAAGUGCUUUCCAAGAUCGAACGUGAUGCGCUUAGAGAACUCAAGGCAAACAAAGUCCUGGUCAUCGUGACAGCGGACAAAGGACGUGCCGCAGUUGUACUGGACAGGACAGACUACCUUCAAAAAGCCAAAGGUUUACUGGAGGACCGACAGUUCUAUGUCCCAUGUGCAGCGAACCAUUUAAAGGCGCUGACACGUGAAAUAAAUGCUACGUUGUUGAACUUGAAGAACUUAGGUGCAAUAACACCGACCGACAGACGCAUGGCGAGACCCCAAGAUACGGCUUUGGCCCGAUUCUAUGCCCUCCCUAAGGUGCACAAAGACGGCGCUUAUAUCCGACCCAUCGUGUCGCUCAAAGGUACCCCAACGUACGGACUGGCUAAGUGGCUGUUCCGGCGUCUCAAUUUCCUGACCACUGAGUCAGACACUACGGUCUCUUCGUCAGCACAAUUCCUGGAGAAACUCAAAGGUGUAAGCCUCCAUCCAAAUGAGGUCAUGGUAUCUUUUGAUGCUACAUCCAUUUUUACUUCUAUUCCCCAGGACCUGGCGAUCGAGACAAUCGAGCUGCUUCUACAAAGCAAAUAUUAUAAAACGAUGAAUCGUCUCGGACGCGCCCAAGUCCUUCAGCAACUGAAGUUCUGUCUCAGGACGUACUUCACGUUCGACGGGACAAUAUACUAA